AUUUUAAUCAGUGUUCUCACUCAACUCGCGCGAACGUUCGUUACACCACCCCCCCACUCAUUUGCGAAAAUUCUGUGAUAAUUUUUUUAACGAAAAGUCUGUGAUUGUGGUAGGUAAUGUCGAGGCCAACAUCCGAAAUUAAGGCAAUUCCCAGAAGAAUUGUAAUAUCAGAUCCUUCUGAUAUUAGUGGCUCGUAUUCCUCGACUCCCGGAGGUACCCUCUUUUCCACGACGCCCGGAGGCACGAAAAUUGUAUACGAGCGAGCCUUCCUCAUGAACUUACGCAACUCUCCGAUCUCCAAGACGCCCCCAAAUUGGGAAAUUCCAAACUCGAUCGCCCUCAACGGCAAUCGCAACGAGAAAAAGACCCUCCCAACGAAGAAGUCCAAGCCGAUCAAGCAGAUCACCAGAAGCACAAACGGCUUCCGGGACGACCACGAGCAGUUCCAAUUGGAGAUGUAACCGCCAAAUUGUUCCACGGGGAAACGUAGUAUUGCCACUUACAAAAAGCACCAAAAAAAUGAGGGCUGUGUGGACGUAAAUGUACCAAUUUACCAAAAUUUGGAUGCGAAUUUUAUAUUAUCGCAAUUGUGAUGUGAGAGUGUUUCAGUUUUAUGAAAUUUUGAGCUUGCUGGAUUAUUUUUAUAUAAUCUGCACCAAUAUACGCUUUUUACACGAGA